CUCGACUCGCAAGGCUGUUGGGGCUCUUCGCCAAUUCAAAUUUCCCAAGAGAUUCGAGACUUGACGGCACGACAAGGUUGAUCGACUUGAGAUGAAGAUCCAAAGUGGCGGCUCUGAAUUGAGCACUGCGAGACGACCGCGACAACAGCAGAGGAACAUUGCACUUUGGCUGCGGUGUAUAGUUGCUGCAGCUUUAUUCGGUUUCUGUCUGCGCAAUAUCGGUGGAUGGGUCGAAUCAUUGCUUUCUAGCAAUUUUAAUUUCAAUCGCAUCCAAGUCCACGAUCAGGAAACGUCUUCGACCUCACAGUUUCGAUGGCACGAUAUCGAGCCGACAAAAGAAAUCCAGUACCAUGACUGCUACGACGGACUCCAGUGUGCUCGACUUGAGGUUCCCAUGGACCACCAUGCGCCGGAAGGCUCAUCGGAUCGAGUUGCUCUGGCCAUUAUCCGACUCCCUGCAAAAGUCCCGGUUAGCGAUCCACGGUACGGUGGUCCUAUCCUGAUCAACCCUGGCGGACCUGGUGGCUCGGGUGUGGCGAAGGCGUUGCACCAUGGCUCUCUGAUGCAACAGGUGGCCGACUCCGGCAAAUCCGUCAACGAAGCAGCAGAGUCGGACAAGUACUUUGACAUUAUCGGUUUCGAUCCCCGCGGGGUUAAUCACAGUACGCCUAUCUUGACAUGCUUCCCUGAUAGCUUUGCUCGACAGACCUGGAACCUCCAGUCUUUGGCGGAGGGUCUGUUGGGUAGCUCGGAAGGAUCAUUGAGAACCGGCUGGCGGCGUGCCCGAGCCUUUUCCGUGAGUUGCUCCAGCAGACUUGAAUCAGAGAAUGGGACGAACUUUCUGGAACAUGUCAACACGACUCCCGCGGCGGCGGACAUGGUCGAGAUUAUCGAGAGACACGGUCAGUGGCGUGAACGUGAAGGUCAAAAAGCCCAAGCUGCACAUGACCUUGCACAUGGUCGUGACUCGAAACAGACCAUCGCCCAACGCACAAAGUGGCACGAGGGUAGAGAACCUCUCCUCUUCUGGGCCUACUCGUACGGGACGGUCCUGGGAUCCACGUUUGCAGCCAUGUAUCCGGAAAGAGUGGCUCGUAUGGUCCUGGAUGGUGUCGUCGAUUCAGAGGACUACUACAACGGUCCUUGGCUUCAAAAUCUCCAUGACACAGACCACAUCCUGCACAAGAUAAUGGAAUACUGCUCUGACGCCGGCCCGGACCAGUGUCGCUUCUGGAGGCCCGGAGGUCCACAAGCGAUACUCGCAGCGUACGAGACCCUCCUCCAUGAUAUCUGGGACGAUCCACUCUCUGUAGUCGGCGACCACCGUCGAGGCCCGGAGAUCAUCACCUGGACCGACGUCAAGAUGGUCGUCAAGGACGCUCUCUACCAGCCCCUCAUGCUGGGUCCGAUCGCGGUCGACUUGCUGCAGGAUAUCACAAACGGCACAGGGAGUGUGUUCGCCGAGUACAAGCAGAAUGGACGUACACCGAGCUGUCGGUCUCGCCAGUGUGAGAUUGACGGACCGUACUCGGAAGAGUGUGUCUCGCCCGGCUGGAACGAACUCGAGGCCACACCUGCGAUUCUGUGUACCGACGCCCAGGACAUCGGCAGCUUCACCGAGGACGAGUUCAGGUCCUACUGGCGGCGGCUGCAAGACCAGAGUAGCGCCAUGGGCGACUACUGGGCUCAGACGAGACUCAGUUGUGCGGGCUGGAAGGCCCGGGCAAAAUGGCGGUUCGCCGGACCCGUGUCCGCCAAUACCUCGCACCCCAUCUUGUGGGUUUCCAACACUUUGGAUACCGUGACGCCACUGCGUAACGCGAAGAAGAUGAACGAGAGAUUUCCCGGGUCGACCCUCCUACAGCAAGACUGCGAAGGUCAUUGUUCCAUUGCGGCGCCGUCGCUGUGCACAGCGAAGGCAAUCAGGCGAUAUUUCCAGACCGGAGACAUGCCGGAUGUCGGUACACUCUGUGAGACUGAUGCGAAGCCUUUUGAGAGUCAAGUAACACGAGACAGCGUGUCAAGAUUGGAUACAAAGGAUGCAGAAUUACUUGCAGUGCUGACACGGCUGGCCGAGACUUCACGGAGCUCCAGGUUCUUAUGAUGAUUGCACCUUGAAGGAAAUGACCGGGAUAUCGAUCGGUAGAGAGGAAGAAAGAUCGUCCGUGGGUCAUCUGUCACGAUGCACUCUUCGAGAUACAGCUUUUAUGAGGAGGAGUUUCAUGACCAUCGUUGAGAUGUCUGGCGAUACAAUGGGUAGUCCUCAACGACACAGCCUUGUCCCUUCAAUGAUGAUCUUGAUUUUGAGUUGCCUUUCAGCAGCAACAUGUGAGUGAAUCAACGAGAUAUCUCUUAGCGAACAAAACAAAAACUCAUCCCACAACCCCCGAAGGGAUUGUGGGAAUAGAAAACCAGGCAGCCUGAUUUUUAAAGGGGCAACACCGAUGCGACUCGAACCCUACCACCCAUUACUCCCGACUCUCUCCAGAAUAUUGCUAAAGGUCACAGGCGACAUGCUGGUAGGCAUUGCGCUAAUGAACUCCAGAAGGGAUUCUGGGUACUAUGAAGGAAGGCCUUUUGUGUUCAGAUCACGAGUCCCAUUGUUGAACAACAUUUGAAAAUCAUAACAUAUCAAGUGAACAUUUUUUUGGAGCUGUGAAUGUGUGUGUAUGCGGAUAUAU